AUGCUCACCAUCGCAGCCNGCGGAGCCGCAGCUCAUGCAGUGAAGAAACACCAUAAGGGACGCAAAGCUGCACAGCAGGUGCAAGCACACAAUGCCAUUGUCAAUGAGGCCAACAGUGUCAUUGCCCAGCAUCAAGCCCAGCAUGAAGCUGAGCAGCAGGCGCUCGUAGAUAAAGCCAACGGAAUUAUCGCUCAGCAGCAGGCUGCAUUGCAGGCCGCGGAAGAGAAGAAUAGGCUGCAACAGCAACAACAGCAACAAGCAUAUUCGCAAUACCCGCCACACCAGCAAGCUUAUGCUGCUUCUGCUUACGGCCAGCCACCACCACCGACAGCACAACAUCUCCCACCGCCGCCUCAGCCAUACCAAUACUCUUCAACUCCAGGAACGCCAUAUUCCGCACCAGCAACACCUUACUCUGCUGGGCCUCCCACUCCUUCUCCAUACUCUGGCGCCAUGACACCAUAUCAGCAGCAGCCGGCUGCACCGUACCACCACAUUGGAUGGUGCAGCCAGCAGUGUGGGAACACAUGCAAUGGCAAUGCAAAUUCCACAUAUCCCCAGCAAACGCAGUCGGCGCCUUAUCAGUCCUAUGGUGCAUCGCAGCCACCGCCUUAUGGUGGCUAUCAGCAGGGCUAUCGUUGA